AUGGCCACCAUCCAGUCCGAGACCGACUGCUAUGACAUCAUUGAGGUGCUAGGCAAGGGAACCUUCGGGGAGGUGGCCAAGGGCUGGCGGCGAAGCACGGGGGAGAUGGUGGCCAUCAAGAUCCUCAAGAACGAUGCCUACCGCAACCGCAUCAUCAAGAAUGAGCUUAAGCUUCUGCGCUGCAUGAGAGGCCUGGACCCAGAGGAGGCCCACGUCAUCCGCUUCCUCGAGUUCUUCCAUGAUGCCCUCAAAUUCUACCUGGUCUUUGAGCUGCUGGAGCAAAACCUCUUCGAAUUCCAGAAGGAGAACAACUUCGCACCCCUCCCUGCCCGCCACAUCCGCACGGUCACCCUGCAGGUGCUCAGAGCCCUGGCUCGGCUCAAGGAGCUGGCGAUUAUCCAUGCCGAUCUCAAGCCCGAGAACAUCAUGCUGGUGGACCAGACCCGCUGCCCCUUUAGGGUCAAGGUGAUUGACUUCGGCUCAGCCAGCAUUUUCAGCGAGGUGCGCUACGUGAAAGAGCCAUACAUCCAGUCGCGCUUCUACCGGGCCCCCGAGAUUCUGCUGGGGCUGCCCUUCUGUGAGAAGGUGGACGUGUGGUCCCUGGGCUGUGUCAUGGCUGAGCUGCACCUGGGCUGGCCCCUCUACCCGGGCAACAACGAGUACGACCAGGUGCGCUACAUCUGUGAGACCCAGGGCUUGCCCAAGCCCCACCUGCUGCACGCCGCCCGCAAGGCCCACCACUUCUUCAAGCGCAACCCUCACCCUGAUGCCAGCAACCCCUGGCAGCUCAAGUCCUCGGCCGACUACCUGGCUGAGACCAAGAGGCCGGGCCCUGAGCUCUUCGACCCCAGCAGCUGCCCUGGGGAAUGGCUGAGUGAGCCAGACUGGACCCUGGAGGGUGUCAGGGGGCCCCUGGCUCAGGGGCUCCCACCCCACCACGUUCACCCGCAUGGUGCACCCCGGACCACCAGCUUCCUGCAGCAUGUCGGUGGGCACCAUUGA